CUCUGUUUCUGCCUGCUCUGCCAAGUGGCCUCAGCGGUGCUGAGUAUCGUCCGCGGGACCCACCAGGUGCCUUGGAGUUGGCUGCAGCCAUGGAGAAAGGCCCCUGGCCUGUGUCUGCCCACCUAGACGUCCUCUCCUUGGAGAACCGGAGCCUGGCUAUGCUUCCUAACUGGCAGCCUGUGGACGAGCCUCCUGGGUAUACAUCUGCUCCCUCAGACAUGCUGUCCUUGAAGAGCCAGUGCCUGACCAGAAUUUCUGACCUGAAGACCAUGGGAAAACCACAUGGGCCUGUGUCUGCCCACCCAGACGUCCUCUCCUUGGAAAACCGGAGCCUGAGUUCCCUCCCGAGUGUAAAGAGCAGCGUGUCUGCGGGCCCCUCGGGCCAGUGUCUCCAGCUACCUCACCCGAUGCGUGCUAACACGAGCAGCCUGCACACCAGCACAGGCCUGCUGUCUGAGGCUCCCAGCAGCAGGAGGGCCCAGUGUCUGUCUGCUGCAGAGACAGUUCAGGGUCAUCUGCGCUGUUCCAAAGAAGAGAAAACGUCAGCACUGAGGGAAGGGGAAGGGGCCCAGAUGCCUUUUUAUAGCCUAAGCUUGGGAGAAGAGGAGGAGGAGGAGGAACUGAAUUCACAGCUUUCCACAGAGGAUUUGGAGUCUCAUCCUAAUUCCACUGACCAGUACCUGCAGGAAAACAAGAUGAUUCUGCUGAGCAGACUGUGCUCUACUGUGAUCUCAAAUGAAAACAGGAAUAUUAAAGCUGCUCUCUUCAGACCCAUCUUUUUAGUCUGUAAUAUGAUUGCCCGCCUGGAGCCUGAGUUCAUCCUCAAGGCAUCUUUGUACGCCAGGCAGCAGCUGAACCUCCGGGAUGUGGCCAACAUGGUCCUGGCCAUUGCCGCCUACUUGCCCGCCUGCCGUCCCCACGUGCGUCGCUAUUUCUGUGCCAUCGUCCACUUGCCUUCCGACUGGAUCCAGGUCGCGGAGUUCUACCAGGCAUUGGCUAAAAAAGAGGAACAUAAGCUGGCGCCACUUCCUGCCUGCCUCCGGGCUGCUAUGACUGACAAGUUCGCUCAGUUCGAUGAGUACCAACUGGCUAAGUACAACCUGCGCAGGCACCGCGCCAAGAGUCGCCCCCGCCGGCCUCUUCGGCCUCCAGAGCGUCCAUUUUCUGAGAGAAGACAUUUUCCAACUUACCUUUGGCCUAUUAAAAAAAUACAGAUUAAGGUCCCUGCCCUGGGAGCUCCACCCUCCCUGGUGCUGUGCUCACGACCCUCCCUUGUGCUGCAGAAGUCGGUGAUCCACAGUCGGCAGUUGCCCUUCAGAUUCCUUAAUGCCCACGAUGCCCUCGAUCACCUUGCGGGUCAGCUCUGCAAUCAAGCGCUGCCCUUUCCUUCGAAUACAAAGCUGCUGAGGCAGAUGAUGAUAAGAAACUCAAAAUGCAUGACGAAGUACCCACGGUACCUUUGCAAACUCGGCCGCCGGAAGCUCCGAGCAGCAAUGAUGAUCCCUGCGAUAUAUGAGCAGCUCAAGAGGGAUAAGCUGAAAGUGCACAAGGCCAGACACUGCAAAUAUGACCUGGAGCUGCUAGACCGGUACCGCCAGGCCUUGGAGGUAGCCGUGAACCUCUCUGUGAAGCACAACCUGCCCCCGCUGCCAGGCCGCACCAUCUUUGCCUACCUGACAGACUGUGAUGCAGACCACUUCUGUACCAAAAGCAACACACAGGGGCCCCCCCUCAACUAUGUGCUGCUGCUGAUGGCAAUGACCGUGGCGCAGGCGGAGCAGGCAGAGGUCGUGCUGUGCGGACACGGUUCUCUGAAGACCGCCGAGCUUGCGGCAGAGGAAGGCAUCCUGAAGACUGCCCUCAAACUCCAGGCUCAAGUGCAGGAGUUGGAGGAAGGGGAUGAGUCACCUGUGCAUACUUACAAGAAGUACCUGCUGUCUGUGGCUGUCCGCAGGGUGCCUGUGGACAGAGUUAUUGUCUUUGGUUUCCCGUCCUGUUACGGUGUGCCACUUUUAGCCCCAUACAUUAUCUGGCAGCAUGUGAAUCCCAAGUGUCUCUUUGUUACUGUCCUCCUAAAGCAAAUGAGUAGGUUUGUAAACUGGAAUCCCAGUUACUUGACGCUCUCAGGCUGUACAGACGGGAUGCUGAGGUUCAUUUCAGAGUAUGGGGCAUCACAUCUUCUAGAACAUGUAGGACAGAUGGACAGAAUAUUCAAGAUACCACCACCUCCGGGAAAGACGCAGGCCCCGAUGCUCCGGCCACUUGGAGAGGACGCUCCCAGCCCCUUGGCUCCUCUGUCGCAGCAUGGCUGGCACAACAUCCGGCUGUUCAUUUCCUCCACUUUCCGGGACAUGCAUGGGGAGCGGGACCUGCUGCUGAGGUCCGUAUUGCCAGCACUGCAGACCCGAGCCGCCUCCCACCGCAUCAGCCUUUAUUUCAUCGACCUGCGCUGGGGUGUCACCGAAGAGGAGACCCGGAGGAACAGAGAGCUGGAGGUGUGCCUCGGAGAGGUGGAGAACUCCCAGCUGUUUGUGGGGAUUCUGGGCUCCCGCUAUGGCUACGUUCCCCCCAGCUACAACCUUCCUGACUAUCCUCACUUCCGUUGGGCCCAGCAGUACCCACCAGGCCGCUCUGUAACAGAGAUGGAGGUGAUGCAGUUCCUGAACCAGGAUAAAUGCCUGCGGCCCUCUGCCCGGGCUCUCAUCUAUCUCCGGGAUUCCAGUUUCCUCAGCUCUGUGCCAGAUACCUGGAGACCUGACUUCAUUUCUGAGUCAGAAGAGGCCGCCCAGAGGAUGUCAGAACUGAAGGCUUACCUCAGCAGACAGGAGGAGAUCACCUGCCGUAGGUACUCCUGUGAGUGGGGGGGCACAGCGGCUGGCCGGCCCUUCACCGGGGGGCUGGAGGAGUUCGGGCAGGUGGUUCUCCAGGAUGUGUGGGGUAUGAUCCAGAAGCUCUACCUACAGCCUGGGGCCGAGCCGGAGAGGCCAGUGUCCAUCCCAGAUGAUGAGAUGGUACAGGCCACCUAUCAGGAGCUACAGUGCCCACCGAGUCCUGCCCGGCCUCGGCUACUUCAGGACACAGUGAGGGAGCUGAUGCUGCCCCAUGGGAAGCUGAGCCUGGUGAUUGGGCAGUCGGGACAGGGCAAGACCGCCUUCCUGGCAUCCCUUGUGUCAGCACUGCGGGCUCCAGCUGGGGCCAAGGUGGCUCCGUCUGUCUUCUUCCACUUCUCAGGAGCCCGGCCCGACCAGGGUCUUGCCCUCAGCCUGCUCAGGCGCCUGUGUACCUACCUGCAAAGACAGCUGCAGGAAGCCAGUGCCCUCCCCAGCACGUACAGGGGCCUGGUGUGGGAACUUCAGCAGAAGCUGCUGCCCACCUGCGCUGAGACCCUCCAGCCCAGCCAGACCCUGGUGCUGAUCAUCGACGGGGCUGACAAGUUGGUGAACCAGAAUGGGCAGCUCAUCUCAGACUGGAUCCCAAAGUCCCUUCCCAGGAGGGUACACCUGGUGCUGAGUGUGUCUAGUGACUCUGGCCUUGGCGAGACCCUUGAGCAGAGCCAGGGUGCCCAUGUGGUCACUCUGAGGCCUCUGGACCCACCUGACCGAGCCCAGCUGGUGAGGGAGGAACUAGCACUAUAUGGAAAGCGGCUGGAGGAGUCGCCUUUCAACAACCAGAUGCGAUUGCUGCUAGUGAAGCGGGCAUCAGGCCUGCCGCUGUACCUGCGCCUGGUCACCGAUCACCUGCGACUCUUCACACUCUAUGAGCAGGUGUCAGAGAGACUUCGCACCCUGCCUGCCACUAUGCCCCUGCUGCUGGACCACAUCCUGAGCACCCUGGAGCAGGAGCACGGCCAGGACAUCCUCCCCCGAGCGUUGGCCACCCUGGAAGUCACACACAGCGGUCUGACUGUGGAGCAGCUGCAUGCAGUGCUCAGUGCAUGGCGGAAUCUGCCCAAGGGCACUGAGAGCUGGGAGGAGGCCAUGGCUGCUGGGAGCACUGGAGAGCCUUACCCCACAGGCCCAUUUGCCUACCUCGUGCAGAGUCUGCGCAGUUUGCUAGGGGAAGGCCCUCUGGAGCGCCCUGGUGCCCGCCUCCGGCUUCCGGAUGGACCCCUGAAGACAGCAGCCAAACAUCGCUAUAGAAAAAUGCAAGGUCUGCAGAGCACGGCACACGUCCUCAUUGCAGCUCUGCUCUGGAAGGCAUGUGACGCUUCAGGCUCCUUCCGACAUUGUCAUCCACAGGCUCUGGGAGACCUGCCGGGCCACCUGCUCCAGAGUGGGAACCGUGCCCUUCUGGUGAACUUCCUCAGCAGCAUGCACGUGGUGGCCGCCCACCUGGACUUGGGCCUGCUGCCCCAGCUCUUGGAGGCGCAUGAGCUCUACGCUUCUUCAGUCCCUGAGGAGGAGCACAAGCUCCCUGAGGCUGCUGUUGCAGCAUUCCACACCUUCCUGAGGCAGCAGGCCCCGGUCCUCAGCCGCUACCCCCUCCUUCUGCGCCAGCAGGCCACCAACCAGCCUGCAGACUCCCCUGUUAGAUUUCCAGUUGCUUUCCUUCCCUAAAUGCCCCUCUUUGCCUGCUCUUCCUCCAGCUCCAGCCUGUCUCUGGCGAUUCCCUCAUCCCCCACUGCUGUAGCCAUCUCUCUUAGUGGACAUGGAGCAGCUGUGGGCACUGCCAAUGGGACACUGUACCUUUUGGAUCUGAGAACUUGGCAGGAGGAGAAGUCCAUAGUGAGUGGCUGUGACGGGAUCUCGUCCUGCGCUUUCCUCUCCGACAGUGCCCUGUUUGUUAGCGCCUUUGAUGGGCUCCUAGAGCUCUGGGACCUGGAGCACGGUUGUCUGGUGCUGCAGACCAAGGCUCACCAGGACCAGGUCACGGGCUGCUGCCUGAGCCCAGACCGCCGGCUUCUGGCCACCGUGUGUGUGGGUGGGGGCCUAAAGAUUUGGGACACAGUCCGUGGGCAGCUUUCCUGCCAGCACACUUGUGCCAAGCCCCUCACCUGCGUUGCCUUCCACCCAGAGGGGCAGGCACUAGCCACUGGCAGCUGGGCAGGCAGCAUCAGCUUCUUCCAGGCAGAUGGACUCAAAGCCACCAAGGAGCUGGGGGCUCCAGGAGCUUCUGUGCGAACGUUGGCCUUCAGUGCACUGGGGCAGGUUGUGGCUGUUGGCCGGCUGGACGGGAAGGUGGAGCUCUGGGCCUGGCAAGAGGGGGCAUGCCUGGCCACCUUCCCUGCUCACAGUGGUUUUGUUUCUGCUGCACUUUUCCUGCAUGCCCAGAGCCAGUUACUGACAGCUGGAGAGAAUGGCAAGGUUCAGGUGUGGUCAGGCUCCCUGGGUCAGCCCCGGGGAUGCCUGGGCUCCCUCCCUCUCUCUCCUGCCCUCUCAGUGGCUCUCAGCCCAGACAGUGCGCAGGUGGCAGUUGGGUACCGAACAGAUGGCAUUAAGGUCUACAGAAUCCCUUCAGGUCCCCAUCGUGUGCAGGGUCGAAUGCUAGACAUGGCAGUGUCUGCACUGGCCUGGCUGAGCCCCAAGGUGUUGGUGAGCGGUGCAGAAGAUGGCAGCCUGCAGGGCUGGGUGCUCCAGGAAGGCGCUGUGCUUCAGGACCUCUGGCUCCUGCCCGGAAACCAGAAGGCGGUGCUGGGCCUGGCCUCCUCCCAGGACCUUCUGGCUUCUGCCUCAGAGGAUUUCACAGUGCAGCUCUGGCCAAAGCAGUUGCUGACACAGCGGCACAAGGCAGGACACUUGCCCCAAUGCACUGCGCUCCGGGGACACCGGGGCCCUGUAAGUUGCUGUAGCUUCAGCAUGAAUGGAGGCAGCCUGGCCACUGGCGGCAGGGAUCGGAAUCUCCUGUGCUGGGAUGUGCGGACCCCGCAGAGCCCUCUUAUGAUUCGCUCCUUCCCUGCCUGUCACCGUGAUUGGGUCACUGGCUGUGCCUGGACCAGAGAUGACCUGUUGGUCUCCUGCUCCAGUGAUGGCUCUGUGGGGCUGUGGGACCCGGAGUCGGGACAGCAGCUUGGUCAUUUCCUGGGUCAUCAGAGUGCAGUGAGCGCCGUGGGGGCUGUGGAAGAACACGUGGUGUCCGUGGACCGGGACGGGACCCUGAAAGUGUGGGACCGUGGAGGUAUGGAGCUGACCAGCAUCCCCGCGCACUCAGGGCCCAUCAGCCAGUGCGCAGCGGCCCUGGAGCCCCGCCCAGCUGGACAGGCUGGCUCAGAGCUUCUGGUGGUGACUGUCGGCCUGGACGGGGCCACGCGGCUGUGGCAUCCACUCUUGGUGUGGCAGACACACACCCUCCCGGGACACAGUGGUCCUGUCAGUGCAGCUGCGGUCUCCCAGCGCUCGGGCCUGCUGCUGACCGCCUCAAGCGAUGGUUCAGUGCGGCUGUGCCAGGUUCCUCAGGAAGCAGAUGACACCAGUGCCCUGAGGAGUUUCACAGCCAUCACCGCAGUGGCCUGGGGGCCAGAUGGUUCUGUGGCUCUGUCUGGAAAUCUAGCUGGGGAAUUAACCCUGUGGCAGGACGCCAGGCCUGUGGCCACAGCACAGGCCCCCGGCCGCGUCAGCACUCUGCUCUGCGACUCAGCCUACAACUUCUUCGUUCUCAGUGAUGAUGAAAAGAUCACCGAGUGGCACGUGCUCGAUUCUCCGGGGCAGAGGGGUUCAACAUCUGGGUGAGUCAGGCUUCACCUACACCGAGUUCUGCAAGAACAUGGAAUCCUCACAGGUCUGCACCUGGCCCCUGAUGGCCAAUCCCUCAUCUUGGUCGAUGAGAAUUUGGAUGUACUACAUAUGACACCUGGGGAUGAUCCAUCUGUCAUCGAGGAAACGUAUCAAACUUGUCCUGUAGUAUUGUCCACACACAAAGAAUACGGGGUGUUCUACAUGGACGAUGACAAUGUGUGUCUCUUGGUAAGUUCUAUUGUGAAGCAAAAGGAAACAGGAGAGUUUGACGGCUCUGUGCGCUAUUACAUGUGUUAUGAGGAUGUUACUAAGACCCCAGAGCUGAUGACUCAGGCCAAACCCGAAUCUGGUGAGUGGGCUGGGAAGACUGGAGGGGCCCUGUGGACCCUGGCUGGAUGCACCCACGGAGGAGAAUGGAGCACAGGCAACAUCUGGCAGACAGAAGUGAAAGCACCUGAAGCCCAGGCUUCAGGGACAGACACAGCAUGUGGCAGGGCGGACAAGUUAAAGGUGCAGCAGCGUAGAAAGAUUCACUCGGAUUCUGUCACAGCCCUCCAUGUGCUUCCUGAGAUGCUGGUGACAGGCUCGAAGGACAGAGAUGUGAAGCUGUGGUCAAGGCCCAGUAUGCAACUGCUGGGCCUGUUCCGAUGUGAAGGGGCAGUGAGUUGCCUGGACCCGUGGCUGGGACCUGACUCGACCCUGCAGCUCGCCGUGGGAGAUACACAGGGCCACGUAUACUUCUUGUCCUGGGAGUGAAGAUGGACUACUCGGGAACACAGGACACCACUUGUGCUAGAGAUGCAGAGCCUCAAGGUUCUGUGGUGCCUCCUUUCCCGAUUACACAAAUGAAGUGUCAGCGCGUCUUCAGCACAGCCAUGUCUGUGUUCUCAUGUGACUUCAGACCAGGAAGGAAGAAGAUAUGGGUGUUCUGUUAUUUUCAUUUCUUUUCUCAUCUACCAUUAAUUCCUGAUGCAACUUGAAGAUGUGACGCACAUGUUGAGUAGGUGCUCUCAUUGUACCCAGGGUUGGGAGCUCCUGUGUCCAUCACUGGCCCAGGA